CGCUUUUAUUGACGUUGUCUUCACGCUCGCGAUCUCUGACAUCAGUUUCCAAGAACACUCGAGAUGAAGCUAGCUAUUGUUUUUCUUCUCUUUGCUCUGGUCGUUGUUCAAGACGUUGACGCAUGGCGAGGUCGUCGGUUCUUCAGAAGAAUUAAGAACGCGGUUAAAAGAGUUGUUGCCACGGUGACGAGAUGGGUGAAAGUUUGGAAUACAGCAAAGAAAGUCUGGGAAUAUGUCAAGGUAUCUGGGAAACGUGACGUCAACAGUCUCGACCUGAACGGUGAUGGUCACGUGGACAUAGACGAACUCAGCAAAAUGGUUGAUGAGCGAGAAGCACGAGACCUUAUAGAAUCAAUGUCUGAUUCUUCUGACCGUGUGCCAGUACAGGAGUUUGAGCGGUAUAUCCGUGAACUCAAUGAACUGACCGAAGAAGACAUACAUAGGCAAUUCGAACAGUGAGAGAAGUACAAUCCGUGAUCACUGCUGACAGAAAUGCGUUACAAUUAAAAUACACUGCACAUAA